GGCGGCCCUUGGGGGCAGCGGCUGCGAGCGGAGCGGCUCCGGCAGCGGGACGGAGCCAUCGGGCCGGAGAGAACAAUAGCGGCGCUGGAAAACAAUGGAGCGGCCGCGGCUCCCCGCGUAGCGAUGCGGGCAGGACGCGGGGCAGCGACACCGGGAGCAGCGCAGCAUCCGCGGCUCGGGGAGCAGCUCUGGUGUCGCUGGCACAGCCGAGGAUGCUCCAAAUGCAAAUUUAACGUCAGGACAUCGGCAGGGGAUUAAAAUUUCACUCCUGAGGCUCCCGAGGUUCUCCCAAGGCUCUCCUGAAGCUCCCGAGGUUCCCCUGGGGUUCCCGAGGUUCCCCCAAAGCUCCCGAGGUUCCCAAGGUUCCCCCAAGGUUCCCCCAAAGCUCCCGAGGUUCUCCUGAGGUUCCCAAGGUUCCCCCAAGGCUCCCCCGAGGUUCCCCUGGGGUUCCCAAGGUUCUCCCGAAGCUCCUGAAGCUCCCAAGGUUCCCCCAAAGCUCCCCCGAGGGUCCCGAGGUUCUCCUGAGGUUCUCCUGAGGCUCCAGAGGUUCCCCCAAGGCUCCUCUGAAGCUCUCCUAAAGCUCACAGGGCUCUCCCGAGGUUCCGGAGGUUCUAGAUGUUCUAGAGGUUCUAGAGGUUCUCGAGGUUCCGGAGGUUCCGGAGGUUCCGGAGGUUCUCGAGGUUCCGGAGGUUCUCGAGGCUCUAGAGGUUCUAGACGUUCUCGAGGCUCCCCAGAGGUUCCCCAGAGGUUCCCCGAGGUUCCCAAGGUUCUCCCGAGGUUCCUGAGGUCCCCCCGAGGUUCUCCUGAAGCUCCCGAGGCUCCCCUGGGGUUCCCAAGGUCCCCCUGAGGUUCCUGAGGUCCCCCCGAGGUUCCCGAGGUCCCCCCGAGGUUCCCGAGGUCCCCCCGGGGCUCUCCCGUGCCCCUCCUGCAGCUCGGCUCCCAUGCCCGGCCCGCGAUGGAGCUCGGAGGGGACGCGGUGCCCUGCGGGAAGGACAAAUUCAUCUCCAGGAAUGAGCUGCUCCUGCACCUGAAGACCUACAACAUCUACUACGAGGGGCAGAACCUGCAGCUGCGGCACCGGGAGGAGGAGGGGGAGCUGAUCGUGGAGGGGCUGCUCAACAUCUCCUGGGGGCUGCGCCGCCCCAUCCGCCUGCAGAUGCAGGACGACAACCAACGCAUCCGCCCGCCACCUUCCUCUUCCUCAUGGCACUCGGGCUGCAACCUCGGAGCCCACGGGUCGGUGCUGAAGCCCAGCACCCUGCCGGACAUCCCGCUGGCGGAUGGAGACAGCGCUCCCGGCACGGAGAACCCCGGCAACGGCGCAGCCCCCAGGCCGGCGGAGGAGGCUCCUCAGCUGAUGAGAACCCGCAGCGACGUCGGCGUCCGGCCCCGCGGCAGCGCCCGCACGCCCGGGGAGCAGCGGCGGCUGCGCCGGCACCGCUUCUCCAUCAACGGCCACUUCUACAACCACAAGACCUCGGUGUUCACGCCCGCCUACGGCUCCGUCACCAACGUGCGCAUCAACAGCACCAUGACCACGCCGCAGGUGCUCAAACUGCUCCUCAACAAAUUCAAGAUCGAGAACUCGGCAGAGGAGUUUGCUCUGUACAUGGUGCACACGAGUGGAGAGAAGCAGAAGCUGCGCGGCAGCGAUUUCCCCCUGCUCGCCCGCGUCCUGCAGGGCCCCUGCGAGCAGGUGUCCAAGGUGUUCCUCAUGGAGAAGGACCAGGUGGAAGAGGUCACCUACGACGUCGCCCAGUACAUCAAAUUUGAGAUGCCCAUCCUCAGGAGCUUCAUCCAGAAGUUGGAGGAGGAGGAGGAUCGGGAGGUGAAGAAGCUGAAGCACAAAUAUUCCAUCCUGCGGCUGAUGAUUGAGCAGAGGCUGGAGGAGAUUUCCGAGGGCCCCACGGCGAUGUGAGCGCCCGUGGGAUGCUCGGCACCGAAUUCCAACCCCAAAAUCUGCCAGGGAAUCACUGAAUCCCAACCCCAAAAUCUCCCGAAUUCCCAACCCCAAAAUCUCCCAAAUUCCAGCCCCAAAAUCUCCCAAAUUCCCAACCCCAAAAUCUGCCAGUGAAUCACGAAAUCCCAACCCCAAAAUCUCCUGAAUUCCAACCCCAAAAUCUCCUGAAUUCCAACCCCAAAAUUUCCCAAAUUCCAACCCCAAAAUUUCCUGGUGAAUCACGGAAUCCCAACCCCAAACUCUCCCGAAUUCCCAACCCCAAAAUCUGCCAGUAAAUCACCAAAUCCCAACCCCAAAAUCUCCCAAAUUCCAACCCCAAAAUCUGCCGGUGAAUCACCGAAUCCCAACCCCAAAAUCUCCCAAAUUCCAGCCCCAAAAUCUCCCGAAUUCCAACCCCAAAAUCUCCCAAAUUCCAACCCCAAAAUCUCCCAAAUCCCAACCCCAAAAUCUCCCGAAUUCCAACCCCAAAAUCUCCUGAAUUCCAACUCCAAAAUCUGCCAGUGAAUCACUGAAUCCAACCCCAAAAUCUGCCGGUGAAUCACGAAAUCCCAACCCCAAAAUCUCCCAAAUUCCAACCCCAAAAUCUCCCAAAUUCCAACCCCAAAAUCUCCCGGUGAAUCACCAAAUCCCAAACCCCCCCUCAGAAUCCUUGUGGGAAUUUUCCAGGGAAACCGUGGCUGGCAGCAGCUCCAGCCCAAACCUCAAAUCCCUGGAAAACACAGGGAAAACAAAACAAAAAACAAAACAAAAUACAAACAAAAAGAGGAAAUCUCUGAGCAGCACAAAGGGGCUGAGCGAGGAAUUCCAGAGCUGGGAAUUUUGGGAGCUCAGUUUGGAAAUUCCCAGGGAAUUCAGGGAGCUGCUGCUCAGCAAAAGAGCACAAAAAAAUUCAUUUUAUUUUGGUUUUUUUAGAGAAAAAGCACAUUAACUCCCAGGUGCCGGGAGGAUUCUGUAAAUCCUGAGGUUUUUUGGGGUUUAACCCUUUCCUGGGGGUGGAUUUCCAGCAGAAAAUCCCGGUUUUUUUCCCCAAAUCUUCCCCCUGCUCUAAUUUGCACUAAUAUUUAGGGAUUUUUAAAGAAAACCGCGAUGUCAAACCUCUCUGGUAGCUGAAAAUGCCAAAUAGAACUCGCAGGGACGGCUGAGAGCCUCGAGCAUCUCCAGCUGGGUGGGAAGAGGAGGAAGGCAGGAGGAGGAAGAGGAAAGAAAUAAAAUAUAAAAUAUAAAAUAAAGAGGAUUUUAUUUUCCAAAUCCGUUUUCCAGCAAAUUUUCCUGGUGGAAAAGCGGGAAAAUUUUUUACCAGCAGCUGGGAAAAAUCUCUUUCCUCCCAGUUUAAACCAGCAAUAUCCAGUUUAUACCUCGAUGUGAACUAAAGCUCUGACUUUCUCCCCCUCCCCUUUGAGAUUUUUGCAAUGAAUUUGUGUAAUUAUAGUUUUAAUUUUUAAUUUUUAAUGGUACCUUUUCUGUCUUUAACUCGUGUUUGGGAGAGUUUCUGAUGUGUUUGAGGGGUGAUUGUGGCGCUGCUGAGUGGAUUUAACGAGGAAAUUAAAUAAAAUGUGGAGCGAUUUAAUGAGGAAUGAACCACCCCUGAA